AUGACACGCCACGGAAAGAACAACACCGCUUCGUCAUUUUAUUCUGCUGCGGAACGCGCCAAAGAUGCGAAAGCCAGCGGGUUCGGCACCCUUCACGCUCGUCUGACUGCAGAUUCAAUCAAGGAUUUCGACUGCUGCUCAUUGACGCUUCAGCCUUGCAGGCACCCCGUCAUCUCGCCAGAGAGCCAUAUCUUUGAUCGAGAGGCCAUGAUCGAAUAUUUCCUGGCACAGAAAAAGAAGAUCAACAAGUUGACGAAAAGCUGGGAGCGUCAGAUGGAAUUGGAAGGUGAAGCGAUGAAAAAGCAAGAAGAAGAGAAGCAAGUGGAGCGAGUUAAGCGACUGGAAGCAGCGACUGGUCUACCCGCACAGGAGAGUCUCAGAGUAGCAGAAACUUCGCGG